AUGGUACCGGAGAAUACUACAGAGGUGACAGCAUUCAUCUUUUCUGGACUCACCACCAACCACAACGCUGAACUGGUGCUUUUUGUUCUUUUCACUGCCAUUUACACUUUGAUCCUUGUGGGCAAUAUUCUCAUUGUUAUCACCAUCAUCUAUGACAACCAGCUGCACAGCCCCAUGUAUUUCUUCCUCAGCAACCUCUCCUUCAUCGAUGUCUGCCAUUCCUCAGUGGUCAUGCCCAAAAUGCUAGCAGACUUCCUGACUGAGUCAAAAACCAUCUCCUUCGGGGAAUGCAUUGCACAGAUGUUCUUCCUGCACCUGUUUGCCUGCACAGAGAUCUUCCUCCUUACCAUCAUGGCCUAUGAUCGCUAUGCUGCCAUAUGUCAUCCUCUGCAUUACACAAGCAUCAUGAGCCGCCGGGUCUGCCUCAGCUUGGCGGUGGCCAUGUGGCUAGGGGGCCUCAUACACUCCAUUGCUCUGACGGCAUUGACCCUCAGUGUGCCCUACUGUGGGCCCAACUCCAUUGAUAACUUCUUCUGCGAUGUCCCACUAGUCAUUAAGCUAGCGUGUGCUGACACCUAUGUUUUUGAGAUCCUCAUUGUCUCCAAUUCAGGGCUGAUCUCAGUGGUUUGCUUUAUCGUCCUGAUCAUUUCCUACGUGGUCAUCCUGGUCUCCUUGAGGAACCGCUUCUCUGAAGGACGACGCAAGGCUCUGUCUACUUGUGCUGCUCACCUGACCGUCGUGACUUUCUUCUUGGGCCACUGUAUCUUCAUCUACCUCAGGCCUGCCAAGAGUUUGGCAGCAGACAAAGUGGUUUCCAUCUUCUUCACAGCUGUCACGCCCCUGCUCAACCCGGUCAUCUAUACGCUACGCAAUGAGGACAUGCUAAAUGCCCUGAAUAAACUCCGCGAUCGACAGGUCCACACAGGAGCCAAAGGAGGCCAUUAA